AGAUUUUGGGCAAGUAUUAGGUAAGUACAACCUAGAGGUUAUUCACUCUUGCUUACAGAGCAUAAAGAAGCUCAAACUUCGAUUGAAGAAGCUACCUAACAUUAUCUAGGUACUAACCGAGUAGAUAUAAGGCAAUGUUUUAUCUUGCUCUAAUUCCAACUUAAAUCCAAUUUACCAGAUCGAAUUCAGUUCUAUACAUACCUAUCUAAAGGCAUCCUAUCACACAAACUUCACUACCUUGCCGUGCAGCAGCUUUGAUUACAUCACUAUACAUCAAAAUGUCUUCCUACGUCAUCACCGGUGUGUCCAAGGGGAUUGGUUACGAGUUUGUUCGUCAGCUAUCGCAAGAUCCGAAAAAUACUGUUAUCGGGAUAGUCCGAGACAAGCCUGCCUUGGUUAAGAAAAUAUCCGAGGACGCAACCCUGAAGGGACGUUCCAAUAUACACAUCUUAGAAGCCGACGUGACCAACCACGAUGCCCUAAAGAGAGCUGCUACCGAGGCUGCCGGAAUUACUGGUGGGAGCCUCGACUACUUGAUCGGAAAUGCGGGUUACAUCUCGCAUUUCGAUGCCUACGAACCACUCGGAGUGUUGGGUAACGAUCCCAAAAAGCUUGAGGACGACUUAGGAACCCUUAUCAAUAUCCACGUGGUGGGCAACAUUCACCUCAUCAACUUAUUCAUGCCGCUUGUCCUUAAAGGGAAAGCCAAGAAGGUCAUAGUUAUCUCGAGCGGCUUCGCGGAUCUAGAUUUGACCACCAGAUUCGACCUAGACCUCAGCUCCCUCUAUUCCAUUAGCAAGGCAGCAUCGAAUAUGGCAGUAGCUAAAUUCAGCGCUCAGUAUAGAAAAGAUGGUGUUCUUUUCCUAAGUAUCACCCCAGGAAUGGUAGAAGUGGGCCACUACACGAACUCGACUCCGGAACAACUGCAAAAGCUGGGUGGAGGUCUUGGGAAGUUCGCCGAGUACGCACCCAAUUUCACUGGUCCGAUAACGCCGGAAGUCGCUGUUAAGAUGGUGAGAUCUGUUUGGGAUAACGCCAGUAUCGAGAAUGGAGAUGGCGGUGCAUUCCUUUCGCAGUACGGGAAUAAACAGUGGCUCUGAUUUGUUUAAGCUUAGGCAGUUUUCUAUCUCUUAGUACUAUAGAGUUACUAGUAGUUGCAGAUCACUGAUACUUGAUCACUAUGAAUCCUUCAUUUACGACUAAUCAUCGGACUUAUUGAUAAUCAUUUUCUAUCUUUUA